AUGUUCAAGAUUGACUACAAGAUUUCCUAUGACGAAUUUGUCAAAACAAUUUACCAUCAUGCACGUAAGUACGAGAUAAAGGUUGCCGAUCCCCAUAAACAAUGCGUUACUGUUAACGCACUCAUCACUAAAGCCAAGGAAGAAGAGAGCAAACGACACUACGCCAACGCGUACUACUAUGUCAACAAAUGCCUUUUAUUUUUUGAUAAGGAAGAGAACCCUGUUAACUUCACUCAAAGUGACCCAUCAACGAAGAAGAUCUUUAGUGAGGCCCUUGACCUUGAGGCUAAGCUGAAGCGAAAGGAGCUGCCGAUCGAGUACAAUGCUAUGAUUGAGGAAAUCGACCGGAGGGAGCCAGAGCGCCGUCGCAUCGUAGCCCAGCAGCUGGAGUCGGACAGCAGUGAUGUUAACGGAAACAAGGAGUUUUCAGAGUCUGUAGAUGUGCACUUGACAAGGCAACAACAAUUGCUGUCUUCGGAGAGUAACAGUGUAGAUGAGCUGUUGCAGCGACUGCGCUGGACUUCGGUGCCGGACAUGAGGUACGUCACUCAACGUACUGUUUUCAAUCGCCCGCCUGGUCCACCAACGCAUGACCUUAUCUCUGCAUCCGAACCAUCUCCCGUGCCAGUAUAUCCUACACCACCAGAUAGAAACGCUCGUCCUGGCCUGGUCUCACAUAGCAACUACACAGCCUGUGUCCUGAAUCAGUCAAGUGCCCCUUUGUCUGUGCAACGAAGGGGAAUUGUAAAUCUUGGCAACACAUGCUACAUGAAUAGCGUUCUGCAAGUACUCAAUUCGACACAGUUAGGUCAGUACUUUCUCACUGACGACUAUGUGUCCCACCUAACUGCGAUAAAGGGGAAAUUGACUCGCUUGAUCAACUCAUUUAGCUUUGUCAUCCGUGAGCUUAAUCGUGCUGAUUGUAAUUUUUCAGUCAGUGCGUCGCCGUUCAAAGCUGCCCUAGGUGACUAUUACGAGGGACUUCAAAACUCGAGUCAGCAGGAUGCAAAUGAGUUUCUGCGCGUUCUGUUGGAUGGCAUUCACAGUGCACUGAAUAUGAACGAGCGUAAUAGAGUUACGUUUCCUGAGAUCGACAAUUCUAAAGGAACUGAUGACGAACUUGCGCGACGCUACUGGGCACAGUACUAUCAGAAGAAUUCAUCCAUAAUUGUUGACUACUGCGCGUUUCAAGAGCGGAGUGCCAUUGUCUGCCCCUCCUGCAACCAUCAGUCACGCUCUUUCAAUGUUUCUCUCAGCAUCGAAAUACCUAUUCCGCAGACCUCGUCAAAGGUUUCACUCGAUGACUGCUUUGCCACGUACUGCCGAGAGGAGAUUUUAGACAAUGCCUCUAUGUACAUGUGCCCUAACUGUCGCCAGAAGGUGAACGCCCGCAAACAAUUGCUAUUUUAUUCAGUACCACCAGUGCUAUUCAUCACUCUGAAGCGUUUUCGCUGCUACGGCGACUUCACCAGUGCUUCGAAAGUCAACUCGACCGUUUUUUUUAGUAAAACUCUGAGCAUUGCGCCGUACAUGUGCUCUAUGUUCUCAAAGACAAAGUACAAUUUGGUGGGAAUUGUCAAUCACCAAGGUAACAUGCAUGGAGGUCACUACACUGCAGAUGCUGUUGGUGCUGAUGGCGUGUGGUGCCACUUUAGCGACGAGAAGGUGACAAAAGCGGACGUGGCUGAUAAUAACCUGGCCUAUAUUCUCUGUUACGUGCGUUGA